AUGUCUCAUGAAGAAUUUGUACUUACAAUGCAUAUAAUUAAUCAAAAUAAAGUUGAUUCGAUCAAAGAUUAUAUUGAUUAUUUCAACAAAGUUUGGUUGCCGCACUACAAUUUAAUAUCUCAAUAUAAUAAUGCAACUGCAAUAUUCACUAAUGAUUGCCUCGAGAGUAUGCAUUCAGAAUUUUCUUCGUUAAAACAUCCAAACAUUUAUGAAGCUAUUAAGAAGAUAUCUCAAAUCCAAUUAGAUAAAUAUAACGCCAUCAAAAAUAACCAGAAGAUCGAGCGCCAUAUAAAAACCGUUAUCACUGAUAGCUACAAAAAUUAUAUUCUUGACUGCUUUCAAAAAGAACUUGAGAAAACAAUUUUUUCUAUCAAACAAUACAACGUAAGUGAUCUUUCUUUGGCUCAGAACGAGAUUUCUCCAUAUGGUUCCAUAGAAUCGAGUUCAUUGUUCGAAAAUAUUCCAGUUCAUGAUGCAGAUAUACUCAAAUCGAUCGAUCUAACAGAUAAAGAUACAAUGAUCACUAAGUUUAUUAAUGAAAAAAGAGAAAAAAUUAUGGCAUUAUUUAAUGAAACAUUAAAUCAUCCAGAUUUUAAUUCAUCCACUCCAAUUCAAACUAAUUUUGAGCAAGCCGAUACAAAUCAAGGUUCAGAUGCUCCAAUUCGCUCCGAAAAUUCAAAUAUUGCAGACUCUACAGAUUUAGAACCAGAAAAUCAAAACCAUCCUUCUACAAAUCAAAUGUCUAGUAAUCUAGAACAUAAGCUGGACCUUCUUGA